UGUGGAAAGCCUGACGGACCACGGCACAUUGCCGGGGUACUAUUGGUAGUACUCUCCAUAACAAAGUGAAAGAGGCAUGUUUUCUGCGUGAUAGUUCGCACUCCCCAGAAUGGAAGAAAGGAGAACAGUGUUGCCCAGCCCUUUGUGGGAUUAUCAGUGGGAGAAACAAAUUCCAACAUUCACUGUACGACCGAGAGAUGGCGUACUGGGACAAAUAAAUGGGGGGAUCUGUCUGUCUCAGCUGAUAGAAGAGCUGGAUGAAUUGAAUUUGAGGAACAGAGAACCUACACCAAAGUUAAAGGACACUGUAGGAAAAUGUGUAAAUUCAGGACCAAAACUACCGCCACCAAUUUCCAAGAUAUUUCUCCCAACGCUCAAUUCAAAGUGUAAUCUGAGCUCUGGAUCAGCCACCUGUUGCAGCCCUCUGGAUCCCACUUUGCUCAAGGGCCAACUUCAGAGAAACCAGCCAGACCUGAAAUGCUACAAAGCCGUUCGGUCUUGGUCCCAUCAUCCCAAACGGAAGCAUCUAUGCAUACCUAGAAGCAAUCAUGGAGACGGCGGUGAUGCCGCUCCAAGUGAGAGACCCCUGAGAAUAACUCCUGCUAUGGUCACUCGCAACCAUGGGCUGAGGGACAGGAGAAGGGGAGAAGGACAAGGAACCAGAAAUGUGGUUUCCAGCUCUUACUGCCCGCCACCGAACAGGUUUGAAUGUCCGGGGGCCGGAACAAGCAACAGUUCCUCGACUGGCCAGAGCAGCAGCAGCAGUCUGUUUUUGGACUUCCCCUCGGGCGACAGUGACAGCGACUUGUCGGACCAGGAAAGGACUAGCGUUACAGCCCAAGAGUGGGCGGCGCCGGUGGAGUUGGACCUGAGGCCGGAGCCGUUUGACAAGGACGAUGACGCGGAGCCGAAAGAGGACCAGCUGUCCUAUCCCGAGGUCCUCCCGGCACCUUUGAAGAUACUGGACCUGGCGCAGAACCUGUUCAACCGGGCAGAUUGGGAGAGGAGGCAGAGCCUGAUCAGGCAGGACCCUUCCCUGUUUGUCAUUGCCAGUCGCCUGGUAGAGAUGGAGCGGAUGCAGGCAGCCACCAUUCUGAAGGAGAGAACUAAGGCUGGGAGGUCUCGAUCAGUCACUGCCAUCAGCCUUACGAGGAGCACCGCCCGGAUAAGAAAGGUGGACUUCUUGGCAUCCCAGCCUGAAAUCUCGGUACCAGGACUGGAGCUGGGAGCGGAGUGCCCUUCCCUGCUGUACGGAUUAGCUGACCUCACGCUUUCUGACACUGCAGUGGCUAGUCGCCGCUUGAUAAAAACUGCCUGUGUUCCUUCAAAACAGGGUCACGAUACGAGAGGUUCAAAUGUCAACCCCACCCUGCCCAAACAGCCCCACUCCAACUCCGGUCGACUGAGCAAGACCAGCUUCCUCUCGGGCCGGUCAGCUCAAGGCACGUCGCUUAGUGCUGCACCGUCCUACAAAGUUGAGAGGCUAAAGAGCUCCAAGAACAUGACCUCGAGGCUAAAGAGAAAGCCAUCUUCCACAAGAAGGAAAACAACCAGGCCAGAUCGAAAGCUAUAA